GGUCCUACUUUCCGUAGCGUAUGUAUAUCGCAAAGUGAACGAUGAACAAAGGCUAGAAUGCCUAUGUCCGCCAUACUGCUAACAACGCCACGUAAAAACUCGUGACUGUGGCCCGACUUGAUCAACUAAAAAUCGCGUUCAAAAGCUUGCCAUACAUGUGAUGGUCAACUAGUUUUACUGCGAAGAGAAAACUGAGAAAGAACAGACAUGGACAUUGCGACUCUUUCGUUUGUGCUCACCAUAAUUCAUGGAGCAUUUUCAACCCACCUGACAGGAAAUGGUGGUAUGUCAGGAAGAGUUGGUUCUCUUCGUCAGUCAUCAAGAGCCUCGUUUUCAAACAGGGGAAGCUCCUCAAAUAGGCGGGUCCCCGUGAUAAGUUCGGCGGAGCUGCGCGCCAUCUAUCGGGCUCGGGAAAUCAGAAGACAGCAGAGACUCCUAGAACAACAGAAGCAGCUCGCACAGUUGUCUCAGCUACACAGCAACCGAGGAUCCCAACAAAACUUACUAUCUCAGCUCUUAACACCGCAACAACAGCAACCUCAGCCACAAUCGCAACAGCAAAUAGCAGUUUCCAACGAUUUACUGCAAAAAUUGUUGCUGACGGCAAUUUUAGGAAACGAUUUGAAUACUGCUGCAAGUAGAGCACAGGGGCAAACACAACAGCAAUCUGCAAAUUCUGUAUCCGGAAAUAAUGCUGCAGCAAAAACUGCACAAAAUACUAAUAAUAAUCCAGUUGUUAUAGAAGCAAACGGAAAUAUCCGGCUUUCAGAGGUCAAAAAGCCAAACGGACAGACACAUAUUGUAAUUGACACCUCUAACAUGGGGGUCGCUGGUCCGUUGACUGUUACCUUAAAACCUGGUGAAGACCCUCCCGAACCGGAAAUAAAACUUCCAUUUGGCCACCGGAAGUGAGGUCGUUCGCUAGCCCUGGUGUUAAACGCAGAGAUUACGCAUUCUCAGGGAUAAAGUGCCUUCGUCAUUUGUCAUUAUGGUUUUGACGAAUUUUAGACUUGGGACGCUCUCACGAUGGUUGACUCUACAAUUAUUCUAUUACUCACUAGAGUACCAAGUCUUGGGCCUUUUCUUUCAAAACAUUUGCUGAAUAAUUUGCAAUGAAAUGUUUUUGAUGAACACUGCUUGUUAUGAAUAAAUAUUAAUAUGUAUUUUUUUAAGUACUUGCUCUAAUGUUAACGAUCUAA